GCAGACCCCAGAAGCCAGAAGCGAGCGCUGGCCAGGGUCCGAUGGGGGGACCGCACCGUCAACCAGGCUGUCAGCGCCCUGAACGGGCUCUACUUGGCCCUGGAGGGCUCCGCGGGCAUUGCAUUCGCCGCCCAUCGCGAAGCUCAUCAUCAGCUUCGGCUCGCUGCGCGACUGAGCGCCCAAGGCAGCAAUGUAUUCCAGCCUCGGGCAGCCGUCGGAGAGCUGCUGAGAUUCCGCUCCCUCUACGAUGAGGGGGCCGCGUGCCUGGCGCGGGCCUGCGACGUGGAGCUCGUCGGCAUCCCGAGGCUAGGCUCUGCGCCGCCAGCCCUCGUCGACGUGGUCGACCCUGUCGGACAGGAGAUGCAGAAGGAUUGGGCGAACACCAUGUUGCUGGACCAAGACGAGUGGGGCCGCGCGAUUGAGAGCUCGCCGCCCAUCACUCCGUUCAUGGAUGUCGAGCUGCGCUGGGGCCCCGCGCUCUACCGGGGCUUCAUCGGGGACCUACGCGCGGCGGGGCUCCUCGCCUUCACCGCGGAGCCGAAGACGGCCGACUCGAGGGAGGAGCUCUUCGUCAGCAGCCUUCACAUCAAUAUCUCAUUCUACGCGCUCAAAAUCCCGCCCGAGCUGAUGCCCUUCUUCUGCCUCCCCGCGGCCCCAGAGGACUUCGCCGAGAGCUUCGGGGAGCCGCUGGUCGCCCUCGGCAUGGGCCCCUCCGUCGCGCUCGCCGACCCCGGCCCGAUUCCCGACAUCUCGGAGGGCAUGCCCACGGUGCUCGCUUACUGUGGCAAUAUCGGCGUCGCCUCGACCUCCUGCAAGAGUGCCGACUCGCCACGGGCCAAGAUCGAGGCUCAGUUGGUCGCCGACGGCUUCGAGGUCCACGAGGCUACCGCCGCCCCCAUUGCGGCCGCCAUGCCCGGCAGGGGGAUCGACGGGCGCGCGGGGGCGGCGCAGCUUACCGCGCGUCGGCGGGCGAAGCUGGAGGCCGCGCUCAGGCGGUUCGACCGUCGCACUAAGGUGUCCGCGCGGCAGGUGGGGGUCAUCAUCGGACGCUGCAUCGACGCGGCCAUGCUCAACCCCUGCACCAUGUCAGCCGUCCGGAGGCGCUGCGACUUCGUCGCCGCCGCCGCGGACAAGCGGGCGAGGCUCUGGGCGGCAGCUCCCUGGGAGUCCUCAGUCAUGCGCAGGUUGCUCUUCGCUUGCGCGGCCGACAUGAGACGGCCGUGCUGCGCCGCUGCUGGCGUGCACGGCUCUAGCCUGACACAAACUGUCUUCGCCGCCGCCGAGGCGCCCGCUGACGGCGCGACGGGAAUCGGGCGCGUCGGCGAGCGCUCGCGCUUCAAGAGGCGCCACGGGGCCUUGUUGCUUCGGUUUUCCGCCCUCGGUCUUCCCGGCGACCCGUUCUCGGACCCGCGGAACGUCGCGCCCUGCAAGCCGCGCG